AUACCUACCAUGAGCAUUUGCAUCAUGGUUUGCGGCACACAUGGUGAUGUGUUACCCUUUUGCGGUCUCGCAAAAGCCUUGCAAGCCAAAGGGCAUCGCGUCCGUAUCGCCACGCACCAAGUACAUCGCCACAUUGUACAAUCCAAAGAUAUUGAAUUCUAUCCCCUCGCUGGUGAUCCCAAACAACUCAGUGCUUGGAUGGUGCAAACCGGAGGAUCUGUUUGGGGAGAAGCCAUGCAUCCCAACCUUAUUCCAGAAAAAACCAGAAUGGUUCGGGAUAUCAUCUUUUCCGCCUGGCCUGCUGCGACGGCGACCGAUCCAGAAGAAGCUGACGCCAGACCGUUCGUGGCGGACGCCAUUAUUUCUAAUCCACCUGUUAUCGGUCACGUUCACGUUGCGGAAGCCCUGGGGAUACCUUGUCACAUCAUGUUUCCGCAACCCUGGUACUAUGGCACAAAGGACUUUCCUCACCCUAUGGCCGGGCUGGAAUACGUCCGGGGUCGGGCACUGAACAUGCAAAGCUACACUGUAUUCGAGUCGCUGAUGUGGGCCAACUUUAACGGUGACAUCAAUCGCUGGCGCUUUCGUACGCUACGAUUGCCACGAGCCUAUGCCUACGCCAAUUCGGCCAAUCACGUCAGCACAGCACAUAUACCAUUUUCUGCCAUGUGGAGCCCAGCGUUUGUGCCGAAGCCCGACGAUUGGCCCGACCAGUGCGAAGUAGUUGGGACGUUUGUAGUGGAUCAAAAGAAAGGUUUCGACGUCUCGCCUUUUGCUGAUUUGGAACAAUGGCUAGAGGAAGGAGACCCGCCCAUAUUUGUGGGCUUCGGGAGUAUGAUGAUCCGAAAACCCCAAGAGUUGGAAAAAAAGAUCAAAGCGGCGGCUCAUCGAGUUGGUAUACGCGUGCUCGUUCAGUCUGGUUGGUCCAAGCUAAACGUCGAAGACGGGAGUGACCUAUUGAAGAACGUUGGACCCUGUCCACACGAUUGGCUUUUGCCCAAGUGUGCAGCGGUUGUCCAUCAUGGUGGGGCUGGUACUGUUGCUGCGGGUUUGCGCAAUGGACUACCCACCCUUGUCUGUCCAUUCUUUGCAGACCAAUUCAUGUGGGGAUUUUUUGUUGAAAAUGCCGCAGUUGGUCCAAAAGCCUGUCCGGUGAAUGAUUUGACGUUAGAAAUUUUGGUGGAGAAGCUCCGUUUAUUGGCCUCGCCGCAGAUGAAAAAGAAUGCUGAAGCCCUAGGAGCAGAGAUGGCGUUAGAAGACGGUAUUCAGGGUGGUUUAGAUCAUUUUCUCGACAGUCUUCCG